CAUUGCUGACCCAGUUCAGACUGACCCAGAGAGAGAGAGAGAAAGAUUCAGCGCAGAGUUCUCAACAUGAGCGACAGUGCAGCCGCCGAAACGGCUCCUCCAGCCGCCGCUCCUACCAAAGCCAAGGCUCCCAAGAAGAAGGCGGCGGCUCCCAGGAAGAAAACACCCGGUCCCGGGUUGGGAGAGCUGAUUCUGAAGGUUGUCGGGGAUAUGAAGGAUCGCAGAGGGGCGUCUCUGUCCGCUGUAAAGAAGGCGCUGGAGAGAAGCGGGAUCGAUGUGGGAAAGCGAAAGGCACAGAUCAAGAUGAGUAUCAGGAGGUGCCUGGCGAACGGCUCCCUUGUUCUGGUCAAGGGCCAGGGCGUCUCCGGCUCCUUCAAACUCCCUAAAAAUCCAGUCAAGGCAAAAGCGGGAAAGAAGGCGGGAACAUCAGCAGUUGCCAAGAAACCGGCCGUGAAGAAAUCACCGGCCAAGAAAGCGACAGCCAAGAAAUCCCCAGCCAAGAGAGCGACAACCAAGAAGUCCCCAGCCAAGAAAGCGAGCGGCAAGAAGGCGGCACCGCCAAAGAAAGCGGUGAGCAAAGCAGCGCCAAAGAAACGGACUCUCGUGAAGAAGGUGAAAAAGACCAAGGGCCCUAAAACCCCCAAACCCCUCAGCAAACCGGCUAAAAGCAAGACCAAGCCCAAAGCGAAAGUGACCAAGACAGCAGCAAAGAAAUGAACCAGUCAGUGUAAUAUAUAACCAUCUGAACCCAAAGGCUCUUAUCAGAGCCACCCACAUCUCUCAGGAAAGAGCUGAGCCCGGAUCCAAUGUUCCCUGUCCCGGCGCCGAGCGCAGACCUACCUUAGAUAUUAAUUGAUCUGAAUAAAUCAAAUAAACACU